AUGGAAACUUCGUCAAGAGCACAGCGGGUGAAAAGGGUGGCAUGUACUUCCUUCAAAAUCGCCCUCCUCCUUCUUCUUCUCUACAUCUUUGUGUGCUCCCUUGAUAUUUUGAGCUCUGCCUUCCAACUAGCUGGAGGAAGGGUAGCUGGGGAUAUUUUCCAGGAAAACGCUAUUCUGUCAAACCCUGUGGCCGGCCUGGUGGUGGGGAUACUGGUGACGGUGUUAGUUCAGAGCUCUUCCACCUCGACCUCCAUCAUAGUCAGCCUCGUGUCCUCUGGUUUGCUGGAUGUGAGGUCCGCCAUUCCCAUCAUUAUGGGCUCCAAUAUUGGAACAUCGGUUACCAACACCAUCGUGGCCCUAAUGCAGGCUGCAGAGAGAGAGGAGUUUGAAAGGGCGUUUGCUGGAGCGACGGUGCAUGACUGCUUUAACUGGUUGUCUGUCUUGGUACUUCUGCCUCUGGAAGCGUUGACUGGGUUGUUGAGACGAGUCUCACAAGCUCUGGUCAACACGCUGCAGCUCAGUAGCGGAGAAGAUGCACCAGAACUUCUGAAAGUCCUCACUGAACCACUGACUAAACUGAUAAUCCAGCUGGAUCGCUCCGUCAUUACAGCCAUCGCCACAGGAGACCAGAGCGCCAGGAAUAAGAGUCUGGUUAAACAAUGGUGUCAAACCGCUACUUUUAAGGACAAUGAAACAUCCUGUGGGUCAUGCAACCCGUCAGAACACAGAUACAAAUGUGGACAUCUGUUUGUGGACUGCUCAUUGUCAGACGUGGCUAUAGGUGUGAUCCUCUUGACUUGUUCCCUGCUGGUCCUGUGCAGCUGCUUGAUCCUGCUGGUUAAACUGUUAAACUCGCUGCUGAGGGGCCAAGUGGCAACUGCAAUUCACAAAAUCAUUAACACAGAUUUCCCCUCCCCAUUCACUUGGCUCGCAGGGUAUAUGGCUCUGUUAGUGGGUGCAGGCAUGACCUUCUUGGUUCAGAGCAGCUCUGUCUUUACAUCUGCCAUCACUCCGCUCGUAGGUAUCGGUGUGAUCAGUAUUGAACGAGUCUAUCCUUUAACCCUGGGGUCCAACCUUGGGACCACUACUACAGCUCUACUGGCAGCCCUGGCCAGUCCUGGAGAUAGACUCGCAGCAUCUACACAGGUUGCUUUAUGUCAUUUUUUCUUUAACUUCCUUGGUAUCCUGUUGUGGUAUCCUAUACCAGUCAUGCGUUUCCCCAUACGUAUGGCUUGUGCACUCGGGAAGCGCACUUCCAGGUACCGCUGGUUUGCUGUCCUGUACCUCCUCCUGUGCUUUCUCAUCUUCCCAUCUCUGGUGUUUGCUCUCUCCAUGGCUGGCUGGAAGGUGAUGACUGGGGUUGGCGUACCAGUCAUCAUAGUGAUUAUAUCUGUCGCAACAAUAAACCUCCUCCAAGCACGCAGGCCGGAUUGUUUGCCAUCAAGGCUACAGAACUGGGGUUUUCUUCCCAUUUGGAUGACCUCUUUGCAGCCUCUGGAUAACCUCAUCACCAGGGUGACCCUGUGGUGCAAACGAUGCAGAGGCCUCAGACCAUCACUGGAGAGCAUAAGAGUCAAACCUGAGAGAGGAGUAAAAGGAAAAUGUGAGGAGAAUGAGGACAAGCAAGAAAAUGAUGAUAAGCGUCUCACUGAGAGCAUGUGGGCAUCCCACCAAAGCCGUCAGGUCUGCCAGGACAACCAGGCCAACCACACCGUGGUGGCAUGUGGUAGCCGGCCCCUCGGCUCACACCCAAGCACUCCGUGA